AAACAACGCCGGAGCGGAGCGGAGCGGAGAGGGGAAACGAAAGAAAAAUCUGGCCUUGCCUUGCUCCUCCGGCCGGGCGAUUCCGCUCCGGCGCCGCCAGGUGCUUCGCUUCUUGCCUUGCUCCGGUCCGUCGUCCGUCCGUCCAAGGCUCCAAGAAAGCUAGGCGCCAUUCCUGGGCUCCGCCGCUCGAUUUCCUCACCCACGCCACGCCACGCCAGGCCAGGACAGGUCAAGUCAAGUGCUAUAUCAGGGACAAUUUCAAGUGUUGAAGGUCACCACUAGCCCAUUGGCUCGAUGGGCGUCGAGGAGCAAGAUGUGCAGCAACCGGACGGCGGUGGAAAGCCUGAUACCGCCGCCAAGUCACCAACUCCGGAACACGGUCAGCAAAAACCGAGCAACCCCCGUGUAUCAACCUGCAGCACUGACAAGGACGAUGGCCUCGCUCUCUGCCGGGUGUGCCACUGCGUGGAGCCUGAUCUGAGAGGCGAGUCUGCACUGGGUUUCUUAGGCAUCGUACCGCCUUCUCCAGACACCUCGGCCGACAAGGACCCAAGCAAUGACACCACCAAAACUUCCACCAGCAAGGAUGCUCCCACAUUUCUUGAGUUCAUAAGCCCCGAGGGGGAAAUCUUCAAGUGCGCCACCGACAUCGAAUCAGGCCAUUUGCAACGGCAAGACGACAUCGUGAACCUCGGAUGCUCUUGCAAGAACGAGCUGGCCCUCGCGCACUACGCGUGCGCGCUCAAGUGGUUCAUCAGCCACGGGUCCACCGUGUGCGAGAUUUGCGGAAACGUCGCCACAAACGUGAGGCCCGAGGAUUUCAACAUGGUGCUUGCGUCCUUGAAGGACUACGAAGCUCUGAGGGAAAGGACGUCCACCGGGGAUCUGUCCUACUUGCACUACCGGGCGGACGCGUUCGUCGAUCCGGUCGCCCUCGCGGCAGUACGGAGACAGCGGCUAUGCGAGAUAUCAUCAUGGUUCAACCCUCACAAUACACAUUUCGUGUUUUCUGAGAGGCACAACGAAGAAGUGCCAGUCAGCCCAAGUAAUAAUUCUGUAGACUAUAGUGUUACGGCUGCGAGGGCAGCACAUGCGAGGCGGAAGUUCGGGAGUAGUGGAGCUUUUGUUGCUAUCGCCCUGGGUUUUGUUCUUCUUGCAUGGUUUGUUGCUCCACAUGUUGGCAAGAGAGCUGCUGCGAUCAUUCUUCAUAUGCUUCUGGGAGGCCUCUGCUCACUGACUAUAAUAAUCUCACUAAGAUUUGUUAGUCUUCCCGAGAAUCCAGUUUGGGUCGAUACGAUGCUGGGCGAUCCUGUUCGUGUCCUGGUUCCUCGUCUUCGGAGUGUGGGCCUCGCGAACCCGCACCGCCCGCCGCGCUUCAUGAUGAUAUCGAGCGUGCCCUCAGUGAGUUGUCGUGAGGAAUUAGGACCGCGCGUCGCAAGAGUAGCGUCCACGACAGCGUUAGCUACUGCACCCCCGUCUAUAUUCGCCGCUAGCUAUAGCUAUACCAUGGACGUACUAUUAUUUUUUUGUAGCUGCAGUUUGUAAGAUGUACUAGAUGUUUGGGCAAGAAAACAUGGGGAGCUAUGUUACCGAGUGUUGUGGGAAGCUGCUUUUGGUUUCAGACAUGGCUGGUGUAGUACUGGGCUGGCCAGUGUUGCAAAACAAUACAGUAAUGUAUAUAUUAUAUUUAGCUGUUUUUCUUGACUGAAAACAUUCA